CGGCAGCAAAUACCCAUGAAAGUAACAGUUCUGUAAAGUACCUCGAUGAAUACAAACAUCCAAACUAUAUUCUCUCAAUUUUAAAAAAUUAAACUUCCAAUUUAUUCAACUGAAAAAUAAAUAUCUAAAUAUCAAUAAAUGAUAAAAUAAUUAUACUUAGAAAUUUUAAAUAGUUUUUUUAUUUCGUAAUUAAUUUGUGUAAUGAAAGAAAGUGUGUGUUUAUUUUUGUGCAUUGCAAAUGUCUAAAAAAACCUGUUGACAUUAAAAGGAAAAUUAUAUUUAUAUAAAUGUAUUAUUGGAAAACUGGAGGAAUGGCGUUUGCUCUUUGGCUAGCAAUCUUGUUGGCUGGCCUUGAAUAUGGCAACGCUGAGCAAAGAGUGGUUUGUUAUUAUACAAAUUGGUCAGUAUACAGACCUGGAACAGCAAAAUAUUCACCACAAAAUAUUAAUCCAUAUUUAUGCACACAUCUUAUUUAUGCAUUUGGUGGUUUUACUAAAGAAAAUACACUAAAACCAUUUGAUAAAUAUCAAGAUAUUGAAAAAGGUGGUUAUGCAAAGUUUACUGGUCUCAAAACAUAUAAUAAAAAUUUAAAAACAAUGCUAGCAAUUGGCGGUUGGAAUGAAGGUUCAAGUAGAUUUUCAUCAAUGGUUGCUGAUCCAAAUCGUCGUAAAGAACUUGUUAAAAAUUCCGUAAAAUUUUUACGACAAAAUCAUUUUGAUGGUCUUGAUCUUGAUUGGGAAUAUCCAUCAUUUAGAGAUGGAGGAAAACCAAGAGAUAAAAAUAAUUAUGCUGAUCUUGUACAAGAACUUCGUGAAGAAUUUGAACGUGAAUCAUCAAAAACUGGUAGACCAAGAUUAUUACUAUCAAUGGCAAUACCAGCUGGAAUUGAAUAUCUUGAAAAAGGAUAUGAUUUACCAAAAUUAAAUGAAUAUUUAGAUUUUUUUAAUUUACUAUCAUAUGAUUAUCAUUCAGCAUUUGAACCAUCAGUUAAUCAUCAUGCUCCAUUAUAUGGUUUGGAAGAAGAUAACGAGUAUAAUUUUGAUGCUGAAUUGACAAUUGAUUUUACAAUGAAUUAUUUAUUAAAACAUGAUGUAUCAUCAGAUAAAAUUGUAUUGGGUAUACCAACAUAUGGUAGAUCAUAUACAUUAAUAAAUGAUGAAUCAACUGAAAUUGGUUCACCAGCUGAAGGACCAGGUGAAGAAGGUGAUGCAACAAGAGAAAAAGGUUAUCUUGCUUAUUAUGAAAUAUGUGAAAAUAUUGAUAAAUCAAAUGAUUGGGAAGUUGUACAGCCAAAUUCAAAAGCCAUGGGACCAUAUGCAUUUAAAGGUAAUCAAUGGGUUGGUUAUGAUGAUGAAAAUAUUGUACGUAUUAAAGCAUUAUAUGCUAUUGAAAAAAAACUUGGUGGUAUUAUGUUUUGGUCAAUUGAUAAUGAUGAUUUUCGUGGUAAAUGUCAUGGUAGACCAUAUCCACUUAUUGAAGCUGCUAAAGAAACAUUAUUAACUGGUAAUAUUAAAGGUAAUCAAUCAGUUCAAAAAACUAAAACAAUUGUUAAUCAAAAAAAAAUUAAAAAUCAAACAAAUAAUAAACAGACUGAUGAUGAAGAAAUUGUAAAUCGUAAAUCAAAUUCAAAUCAAAAGAAAUCUAAUAAAAUUCAUCCAACAAGAAAAAGAAUUGUAUCAAGACCAAAUGAUAAUAAAGCUAAAUCACGUGAUAGAGGUCAAAUUGAUCAACAUGAUAAUUCUGAUAGUGAUGAACAAGUCAAUGAUAAGUCAAAUAAAAAUCAUGUAAAAACAAGAACAAGAAGUCGUUCAAGUAAUCGUAGAAAAGAACAGAAAAAAAAUGAACAAGCUGAGUCAUCAGAUAGUAAUAAAUUAACAACUCCAGAACCACCAACAACACCUGAUCCUGGAAGUGAUUUCAAAUGUGAAGAUGAAGGAUUUUUUUCACAUCCUCGAGAUUGUAAAAAAUAUUUUUGGUGUUUAGAUAGUGGUCCUGGAGGUUUAGGUGUUGUUGCACAUGCAUUUACUUGUCCAUCAGGACUUGUUUUUAACAAGGCAGCAGAUUCUUGUGAUUAUCCAAGAAAUGUUAUAUGCCCCAAGGCCAAUACUGCAGCGACAACAACGACAACAACAACAAAAGCACCAACAACACGUCGUACAACAACAACAACACCUGAAUCAAUAUCAAACGAAGAAGAAGAAGAUGAUGAAGAACUUGAAGACGAUGAUAUUAAUACUGCUGAAGAAAUUGAUGAUGAAGUUCCUGUAAGUACAACAUCAAAGCCACAUCAGUAUAAAACAAUCAAUCGAAGUAGACCAACAACAACAUCAUCUACAACAACUACAGAUGCAACAACAACAACAGAGACUCAAACAAUCACUACAAUUCCAUCAAGAAUAUUAAAAACAAAUGAAAAAGAAUUUAAUUUUGAGGAUGAAGAAGAUCCACGUGUUAUUAAAGAAUUAAUUGAUUUAAUAAAAAAAGCUGGUGGUUUAGAACAAUUAGAAAAACAAUUAAAUUAUCAAGGUAAAGAUAAAGCUGAAGGUAAUGAUAAAAUGACACCAGCAACAAUAACAAGAAGUUUAUAUGAACGAGUAUUAAGUCGUCAAGCAACAAGAUUUAGUGGUAGUUUUGGUGUAACAAGUCCAAGAACAACAACAACAACAAAAUUAAAUACAGUACAAAAUGCUCCAGGUAAUUCACAAUUUGAAGGUCUUGAUGAUAUACCUGAAGUUAAAAGUCGAAGAAGAAUUGGUAAACCACAAUAUGUUACAAUUGAACGUCAAAAAACAACAACUGUAUAUGAUAAUUCUGAUGAUGAAAAAGAAGAUACAAUAUCUGAUGAAAAACAACAAGAUAAUGAUGAUGUUGCAUCUACUGAUGACAGUGAGAUCAGCAAUUUACCAGACCAUAUUGAGAAUCAAUCAUCAACUAAAAAAGUAUCUCCAAGUUAUGUUAAUAUACGACGUUCAAGGCCAACAACACCUGCAAAUGAAAAUGAUCUUGAUGGUAGAAAUGAAUCUAGGGAUGAGACUCCAUCGAAAUUUUUAAGCCAAGAAAGAUACGACAACAUUGAAAGUGAGGAUAGUAUCUCGAAAGAAGAAGAAGAAGAAGUUAUGUCAAAGGAACAACCUGUUCAGAAAUCUAGGUACAAAAAUACCCAUAAUUUUAGAAGCACAACAUUAAAAUCCAGUGAGUCUUCAGUUGAGGAUAUAAAACCAGUCAACGAGUCUCCAAUUGAGUCAACAUCUUUGGAGCCUGAAAUUUCGAAAAAUCAAUUUAUUUCAAUUGUACAAUCAACAACAAUUCCCACAUCUUCAACAGAAGAAUUUAUACUAACUUCAAUGGAUUCAUCUGAAGAAAAAAUAUCAGUAACUGAGCCAUCAGUUCAACUUGUUGAUAAUUCAGUAACUGAAAUUUUAUUGACAACUCUUCCAGUUCUUGCAAGUACAAAAUCAACAACAUUAUUUAAAUCAUCAACAAGCCCAGUAAAUCCAUCACGACCAUAUGGAGUAUCAAGAAGAGGACGACCAACAACAACAACGAGUACAACAAUCCAGCCAAGUUAUACAGAAUCAAGUAGAACAAAGGUGAGUAAUAGACCAACGAGAAACUUUGCACGGCCGUUGAAUUCGUUUGCAAAACGCGUAAGAACAACAAUUAAUCCCCGAUCCGAUGAUAAUAUUCUUGAUAAUGAAGAAAUUGAUUUACCAAGUACAUCUGAAGUUUCAAGAUUCAAUGGAAGACGAAAAAAUACAAUUAAAUAUACAACAACAUCUCCUUUAACAUCAACAACUGAAAAAAAUAAUAAUAAAAAAACUAGAACUAGAUUAUCAUCAAAAAUAACAAAAAAUUUAGAUACAACAACAACCGAAAUAAUUGAUGAUAAACCUAAAAAUUUAUCAUCAAGAAGACGAGGUAGACCAACUGGAACUCCAAUUGAUCAAUCAACUGGAGCUUCAAAACGUCGUGUUGUUCUUAAAUCAAAAAAAAUAUCUGAUGUAAGUGAUAGUCCUAUCAUAAGAAUUGCUCAAGAUAAUAACUCUGAUCUUUCUUCAAAAUUUUCACGUUCUAAAUCUACAAAUAAUGAUAAUAAUAUUGAUGAAAAAAAUAUAAAAAAUAUACGUGUAUUUAAAACGCCAGAUGAUAUUAUUCCAGAAAAAAAAAUUGAGCUUAAUGUUAUUGAGUCGUUGACGUUAGAGAGUGAUACAAUUAGACCAGAAACAAGUUUUACUUUAGCAUCAUCAUCAACAACAGCAGCAACAUCAACAGAUCUUGAUAAAUCAACAACAGAAAAUCAAAAUAAUAAAUUAAAUAUAACUGAAUCAAUAUUAACAACAAUUGCAAUGAAUAAUAUUGAUUUAGAAGAUACAGAUACUGAAGUGACAUCAGGAGAAAAUGAUGGAACUGCUGAGGAGGCUAAGCCAGUUAGAAAACGUGUGACAUUGAGACGAAGACCUGUGACGACAACGACUGAUGCAACACCAGUAACUAAUGAUGAACCAAGUGAAAAUCCUCAUCGAAGACUUAAAAUUCUCAAAAGAAUUCGUCCUGUUAUCAAUGAAACAAAUAAUAAUUCAUCCUCAUCUGAUGAGGUACAAAUGAAUGCUCAUGAACAAGAUUUGUUGAUUGAAAAAAAUAAGGAAUACAAUUCAUCACAAGUUGACAUUGGUACAACUGAGUAUGAAAUAAAUUCAACAACUUUUAUGACGACUCUUCAAGAUACAAUGACUGAUAAUGCUAAUGAAGAUGAAAUGACAACAGAUUCUUCAAUUUUACUUUCAGAGCAAACGACAAUUAUACCAAUAACGUCAAUUGAUUUAGUUGAUAUUACAACAGUACCUGAAGAGCCAGAAGAUGAAAUAACAACAUUACAAGAAGACAUUAAAAUUAUAUCAACAACAACUGAAAAAAUUAAAGAUGAAACUAUUAUUCCAAUUGUUAAUUCCAAAAAUUCCGUAACAACUGUAUCUCCUGAUUCUACAACACGUUUUGUAAAACGAAAAUUUAUUCGAAAACGACCAUUAUCCAUAUCAACAACAACAACUAAUGCUCCUAUAAGUUCCUCAACUGUAGGACGUCGUUUUGGAAUUUUAAAAAAUCAAAAUCGUCCAACAGAAGAAUCAUUAGAAACUAAUAAAAAUAAUAAUCGUAGAAAAAGUUUAUUUGUACGACGAAGACCAGUUCCCACAACAUCCACAACAUCCAAGACUCCUGAUGAUGAAUCAGAAAUUAAUAAUGAUAACAAUAAUAAUUCACAUGAUGAACCUGAAAUUCCUGAGGUAAUAGAAGAUUCCAAAAUUUCUGUCCCAAGUCAUGGAGAUGAAAAUUUAACAAUCAAAUAUGAUACUACAACUUCUAACAUUGAAGAACCUGAAAAAAUUCCUGAGGUCAAGCAGAAAAGUCAUGAACUACCAACACUCAAGCAGCUGAUUGGUGAAUUUAUUUAUACUGAUAAUAAUGUGGCAAUAAGUAACAUUACUGCUGCUACUUCUGGCACAACAAGUUCACCAAUUUAUCAAAAUAAUAAUGACCUGAAUGACGUACCUAGUGUUAAAUUAAAUGAAGAAAAAAAAUUACAAAUAUCACAUGAUGCUAAAAAUUAUUUUUCAAAUAAAAAUAAUCAUGGUAAAAAAGUACCAGUUAAAAUUCUUGGUUUUGGAGAUUCUGAAAGUGAUAAUAAUCAUCAAUUUGCAUUUUUAAAUUUACCAGAUGGUGUUUUAAUACCAAAUAGUAAAAAAAAUAUACUGAGAAUUCAAGUUCUUGAGCAAGAUGAUAAUGAAGAAGAUAGUGGUUUUAAUAAAAUUGAAAAUUAUAGAGUAUCAAAAAGUCGUAGACUUUUGAAUGAUUCAAAGCCAAGAAAACGAGGAUUAAGAGAUAAUAUUAAUACGGAAGAGACUGUAAAACAAAAUGUAUCAAGAAGAAGAGUAACUUCAAAAAUUUAUACUGUUGAAAAUAAAGAUUUGAAUGAAACAUCAUCAACUGAUGAUUCAAUCACAACAUUAAAACCAACGAAAAAUUCCACAACUUUGACAACAGCUAUGAGAAUUAAUAGAGGAUUUUUUGUUACAAAAAAUAUUGAUGAAAUAACAAUGAUUACAAUGGCACCAACAACAAUUGAUUCAUUAAAUUUAUCAAGUAAUUUUGUAACCACUGAAAUUCCAUACACAUCUGAGAGUAUUAUCAAUGAUGAAUUAAAUUUUACAACUAAAUUUGAUGAUUUAACAACUAAAAAAACAAGUGCUGGAUCAACUCUUGAAUCAUCUGAUGAUAUGAAGACAACAACAAAUUUUGCUGAGACUGAUGAAGCAUCGACAAUAUCAACAACUCGUCGUGAUCAAGUAACAGAUGUUCCUUUGGAGACAUUGAUGAUGAAAUAUUUUGAUGAAACAACAAUUACACCAUCAUCACAAGAAAAUAAUGUAAUUAUUUCAUCAGAAAAAUCAACAGAAUUUCCAACAAACGAAAGUUUAGAAAAAUUAUCAAGCAUUACGACUGAGAAAAAUAGUGCUGAUGAUAAAACCACAAUGAUAUUUGAAACAACAACAACAGCUAUGCCUUCAAGUAAAUUUACAAAUGAAGAAAUAUCAAUUAUAAAAACAACAGAACUUUCUAGUAAUGCUGAUAAUGAAUUAAAUAGUCUUCAUCAUGAUCAAAUUAAAAUAGAAAAAAGUACAGAAAUUCCCACGACAGCUGAGCCAACAGAAAUGGCAACAUCCAAUGUUAGUACAAUGUUGGUUACCAAAAAAAUUGAUACAUCAACGACAACAGAAAUAAAUCAAAUAAAAACUUUAAUUGAUAUCAAAGAAGGAGAAUCAAGUACCACUGAAAGUGGUUCAUCAACUUCAACACAUAUUGAACAGUCUCAAAUAAAUAUUGGAUCUCGUUCUCGUUCACGUGGAAGAGUAAGGUUCCAAGAAGGACCAAAAAUUAAAGAUACAUCUCGUUCACAAAGACCAUCAUCUAGACAAUCAUUUCGUCAACGUUCAUCACUAUCAAAAACUCCAAACAAUACAAAUCAAACAAUUGAAAUUCCUGUAUUAAUCCAAGAAUCAUCACCAAUUAAACAAGUAAAUAAUUCAACUAAAAAAAUAUCUUUUCAUAAUAAACGUCGUAAUUCUACCUCACGUAGUCGAGUGCAAACGUCUUCUACAACCAUGCAAAGUUUCACAACUGAUAUUUCACAAUUGGAUAUAAACAACAAUACAAAAAGUAAAGAAGAUAAUGCACCAAUUGAUGAUCAGAACAUCGCAGAAAGCAGUUAUUCCGAAGGAGUUAUUAUACAGGAGAUUCCAACAUUCAUCAAAAAUAAUCGAGUAUUGUUAAGAAGACCAGCUUCAUUAAUUAGACCAUCAGCAUCACCAAUUAAAAUUGGUCACACUUUGGAUGAGCGUUUCUCCAGUAGAAUUGAUGCACGUAAAACAGAUAAAUAUUUUGAUGAAAAUAGUCGUGUUCAAGAGCUUGCUGAUCCAUCAACAGUCACCUCCACAUUCCAAACAGGUAAAGAUACAUCAACAAGAGAGAGAGAUGAUCAAAAAUCCCAAUUUAUUGAAACAAUAUUUGUGCCAACUGAACCAACAAUUAUUAUGAGAACAACAACAUCAUCACCAAAACCAAUAAGACAACGUCAAAAAACAAUUGAUGCUUUUGAUAAAAUAAAUCAACCAUUAAAACCAAGACAAGCAGCUAUUAUUGAUUAUGAUUAUUAUGUUGAUGAAGAUUCAAAGCUAUCAUUAAAACCUGAGUUGAAAAAUAAAAUUUACAUAACACCUGUUGGAAGAAUUGGUUGUUUAGAUCAAGGAACAUUUGCACAUCCAACAUCUUGCAAAAAAUUUAUAACAUGCACACAAAUGGCUAAUAAAAAAAUUACACCAACUGAGUAUACAUGUCCAGCUAAUUUAUCAUUCGAUCCAGUUGGUGGAAUAUGCAAUUGGUCAGCUGGUAUUGGCUGCAAUAAUCAUUAAUUAAUUUUAUAUUUAAACAGGCAUUAUUAUUCGAUGUAAAGUUGAAAAAAAAAAUGUUUAUUUUUGAGGUGGAAAAAAAAAAAGAAAACUAAUUGUUACAUGACAUUAUUAUAACAUAAAAAUUAUAUUAAAAAAUAUCUAAAUAUGUAGCCAUAUAUUUUAUUUCGUAAGCACAGCAUCGUGAUAUUAUCAUUACAUGAAUAAUUUUCUUUAUUCUUUGUUUUUUUUUUUUAUGUAUAUAUUAAUUGAUUGUAAAUAAUCAUUUAAGAUGCUGUAGAAUUAGUUUGAAUAUGUUUUACAUUUAAUUUUUACUUUUUAUUAUUAAUACAUAUAAA